CUUCUGCUUUAUCCAAGACCGCUGGUGCAGCAUUCUGGCCGUUUACUGCUGCUCCCUCUUCUCCCUCACAAACCCCCCUUGAAACCUUUGCCAUCGGAGGUAUGGUCAACCAUAUUCACCCAUGUCCUCAGUGCCACAGACCACACACCCGGGCAUCCCAGUAGCUGCAAUAAACCGUGGCAGCCAUUGCUGUUGGUAUGCAAGAGUUUUACAAGCGUUGUAAUGCCGCUGUUUUUCUCCCGCGUACGCAUCUGCACCCUCACUUCCCUUGACAUGUUCACCUCCCGUCUCCAAAACGCAGACAAGAAAUGGGACUCAAUCUGCCGCAUUCCAUACUCUACUCCCGGUCGGUGGGUGCAAGUCCUCGAUCUCGCCUGUCUCCCAAAGUUUGAAGCGUUCGUCAUUGACUCGCUCCUGACCCAAUUGUUUCCCUUGCUCCCCUUUCUGACGCGCUUGUCAAUUAACCCGACGAUGUCUAUGAGCCGUCGAGCUCUGGCUGCAUUGGCACUACGAGACGGAUGCCAAAAUUUGCGCGUUCUAGAGGGAAUAUCUUACGACCCUUCUUUCAACUCCUCGAUCACCACAAGCAAUGACCCGCUUGUACAACUCUUGCAUUCCUGCCCCAACUUGGAGCAGCUGGAAAUGUUCGGCUUAGGGCUCGAUCCGGCAGACAUCGACAGCACGUCAGACGCCGAGAGCGGCAUGCAAACGAUAUGCAACCUGUCUCUUCAUCUCGGACAACUCCAUACCCUCGCCCUCCUUUCUAUGCCGUCGUCGUCUCUGCUUUGGGCACUCAUCAACACCAGCCUUCCUUCUCUGCGUAAAGUCACGGUCACCCCUUAUGAUGAUAUACCCUAUCCCAUCUCUCUCGUGUCACGAUUCAUCCAAGUCCACGGGCUCCUACUUCACUCGCUCUCAUUCUUCACCCCCAAGUUGUGGCCCACGCUUUUGCACACCUCUCCGUCCACGAUCUUCCACUCUGCCCCGAAUCUGAGGCAUCUCUCAUUGGAAUGUCCCCUGCCCAUGCUAACCGUCCCGCACGACUCAGACUCAUCUUCCCCGUCGCUCUGCCUGAAAAUACUAUCCAUCCCGAGGCCCAACUCUGAUUCAUGGAGGAUAUUGGAGAGACUGCUUCCCCAUUUGCCCCACCUCGUAGCCGUGCGAGUGCGGGAUGUACGGUGGCUGAGACGGGGUAUGACGCCUAGGGCUCAAGAGGCGGGUGUGCAGGGUGAGAUGAGGGGGUGGCGAAGACGGUUGGCUCGUCGGGGCAUCAACUUGCUCGAUGGAGAUUGGAAGGAAACAGACUAAAAAUCCAAAAGAGAUUUAAAGCUCAUUAUGCUUGUAUAUAGGAAUAUAUGCCUCUCCACUCAGUCCAGCAAUGCAUCAUCAGCCCGUUGGCCCUUAUGUCUAUCAUCCAGUCCCAAGCCCUCUAGCAAACAAAGUUCUUACGUGACAAGGCGACGAGAAAUGAAUGUCCGUGAGGUUUCGCUUCGUGUCAACGCUAGUACUGUGAUGGAGCAUCACAUGACAAGUCCGUAAGCCGUGAUACAACGAAAAAGGAUGGAAGGCUAGCGCCUUUCCUUUGGCGCCAGCUUUUGCAUGAGUUCAUGACGAACAAACCCCUCUCUUUUAAUAAUCGGACGGCACUCGAUACGUCCUCUUGCAAAUCAUGGCGCCAUACAGGUUCCCACUGAUUGUCCAACGCUUCACGCAUCUGCUGAGGAGGCAAUCCGCACUCGUAGACUUCCCCCGCUCGAAUGCUUCCCCGCAGGACCAUAUUGGCGCGUUCAAGUCGAACUUGGUUGUAAGCUUGGAGCACAUCCUGCAGUAAACCAUCAGCACGAACAAACUCGUCGAAGUCGCGAUGACACGGAAACAAACCCGAAGAUUUGAAAGUUUGGUGUGAGGGUGAGAGAGGAGACGAGUAAGCACAAAGGAAUCCUCGAUCCCUUGGCCAACGCCGGCUCCCAAAUGCGGACACAUGGCGUGUGCAGCGUCUCCGACCAACGCGAUGUUCUCCCUUACAAAAGUAUCCAGGGGUACCAUGGUGUGAAUUGACCACUUGCUCGUAGGGUUUUCCAUCAAAGACAACAUAGCUGUGACAUCUGGUCCACAAUCCUUGAAUGCAUCCAACAUCUCUUGUUUCGAAGCUGGUGUAACCCACUGAUGCGAGGGUACUUGCACUGAACCCAUGGGAACAGAAGGAUCCGAACUAAAGACAACAACGUUGAUCUACGGAGGCUGAGAGUCAGUAUGCAAGCAUGACGUAGGCGAACUAGCACACCGUAUUCUUAUUGUGAAUCGGGAACGUGAUGAUAUGCUAGCACAUAUCCAUGUCAGUGAGCAGGACAUCUACCUAGUGCUCCGUCAUACCUUAUGCAAACCAGUCCAGCAAAUUGGGCGCACAGAAAGAUCAGUUUUCACA